CAUAUACACGAAUUUUCUCUCUUCCUUUUCUUUAUUAUUUUUCUUAUAUUAAAAAAAUAUUAUAAAGUUUGAUAUUUUUCUCUUUCAUGCUGUAUUUUUUGGUAUAUAAAAAGUCAGAGCUCCUCCUUGUUAUCCUUCGUUACUCUUUCUCUUAAAGAGACUGACCAUUUCUUCCUUUUAUCUUUCUCUCUUUGAAAAAAAUAUUCUCGAGUUUUCUCACUCUUAUUCUGUACAGUUCGCUCAAGUUUUUUAGUUCAAUUAGAUGAAGAUGAAUCAGUGUGCAAUUCAACAAGGUGUUUUCUCUGCCUGUGAAGAUAUGUGGAGCUCAGUUUCUGAUAAAAAGGACGUCGUCGUUUGCCCCAAGCCACGGCGUCUUGGAGUUUUGAAUGCCACCAUAAACGAACCUAUCAGACCACUCAGAUGGCAAAGCCAUCAGCAAGAGCUAGGUGAUUCAAGAGCUGGAGCUGACAUAUUGGAUAUGAUCCUUGCAAAGGGUGGUGCGGAUCAAUCUUCUGCUGCACAGGUAGCCUCGUCGCCCCCAUUUUUUUGUGGGUCACCGCCGAGCAGAGUAUCUAACCCAUUAAUUCAAGAUGCACGUUUUGGUGAUGAGAAGGUCACCCCAGUUUCACCACGGGCAAUUCCUAUACCAUCUGGACUGACGACCUCAUCCCCAUCCGCAUCCACCAGGAAAGGCGGAUGCGUGAGGGCAAAUUUUGGUAACAAUCCGGCUGUUAGAGUUGAGGGCUUCGACUGCCUCGACAGGGAUCGCCGUAACUGCAGCAUCCCUGCUCUGGCUUAAUCGAACCCUCGAGAAAGUAAAUAUAGAAAAGUAAUUCGAAGUUCGUUACACGGAGGAGAGUAUUCAACCUACCUUUGGUUUCAGCAUCAUCAGCAGGAGGAAGAAGAAAAACAGGAAUUUUGAACAUGAUUUUAAAGAAAAAGGAUCCUUUUGCCUAAUGUAAAUAUAUGUUUAAAGGGUCUGUAAUUAGUAGUACUCUGUGGUCUGUAAUUAAAAAAAUGAGAGUUUGUGUUGUUAUUAACCCAAAGUAAAUAAUUAUGAGAGAAAAUUAGGAGUUUUAGUAAUGUGGGUCAUGAGGGGGAAAAAAAAGAAAAGACAACCCUCUUGGAGGAAAAUUUUAGGAUUUUGGGGUUGUUUAGAAAUGUCAAUAUUGGAGGCUUUGAUUAAGAGAUUUUAGUCUUUAAAAAAAUGAAGGGAAAAGACCUUUGUUAGGUGCUGAGUGGAGUCAUGGUUGUAGUCGAUUCACUUUCUGUAAAUAUAUGAAAAAUGUCUAAAUAUCUUUUACUA